GCGAUGACCGACAAGAAGAAGCUGACCCAAGCCGAGCUUUUGGAGCUCCUCAGCCCGCCUCCCUUCAACCAGAAGAAGUGCGUGCCGCCUGAUGCCGUCAUCCAGACUUCCCCAGAGGAGCGUUGGUGGAGGUCAGACUCGCCGCGUCUUCCCGGUGACGAAUUCCCAGAUGUCCCGGUGCAGAAAGC